CAGUAUGGCGGCUGCUGGCGAGAGCUUGACGCCUGCGGGAGAUAUGUCGCCGCUCCAACAGGCUGAGGAGGCUGUUGCUGCCCUGUAUGAUUUUCGAGACCACUACUUUGAGAGACAUAGUUUAGAAGAAGCAGCACUGAAAGUUGAAGAGCUAAAGAAACAACUUGAUAAUGUCAUGCAGCUUCUGGAUUCAAUAAAUGAUCAAGUAGACAACAAAUCGGUCUACCUUAUGCUGCGUGGAAAGGCCUUGAAUGUGAUGCCUCAGUUUGACCAAGCCUCCCUGGAUGCUCUGUCCAAAGCAGUCAAGCUGGAUCCCAAGUUGGUAGAGGCUUGGAACCAUCUAGGGGAGGAAUACUGGAAAAAUAAGGACGUGGAGGCAGCAAAGAACUGUUUUUUAGGAGCACUAAAUCAUUCCAAGAACAAAGUUUCCUUGCGUAAUUUGUCCAUGGUACUUCGGCAGUUAGGAAAGGAUCCUGCAGAAAGAAUAAAACUUGUAGAAGAAAGUGUAGAGAAGGCCAAGGAAGCUGUCCAGUUAGACAUCAAAGAUGGAACGUCAUGGUUUAUACUUGGCAAUGCCUACCUCUCCAUGUUCUUUGCUGAAAACCAAAAUCCAAAAGUGCUCAAACAGUGCAUGAGUGCCUAUGCCCAGGCUGAGAAAGACAGUGUUGCCAAUUGUAAUUCAGAUCUUCACUAUAACAGAGCAAUAGCAUACAAGUAUCAAGAGGAGUACCAGCUGGCAUUGGUUGGGUUUGCCAGGGCUGCUGCUCUGGAUCCUCUGUGGCCUGACCCACAGGAAAAGGAACAGCAACUGGUCAGCUAUCUGACCAAGGUCCAGGAUAUGGUGGACACCAAGGGUAAAACCAAGGGGAAGAAGCUCCAAACAAUGAUCUCCGAAAUCUCAGAAAAUCACUUGGGUGUAUACAAGGGUGGCUCAUACACAAGUCAAUCUGGAAAGACAAUAGAUCUGGCGUAUGUGAUGCUGCAGGACCUCAGUCAAGAGAUCAACCCUGGGAAAGUGGUGCUGGGCAAAGUGGUGUGCACAGUCACCACUGAGGAACCGGUGCCAUUCACAUUCUGCAUGGUUGAUUCUGCAGACACCUGCUGUGCCGUGACUCUGUACAAUGUAGCGCCUGGUUACGGAGUGAAAAUAGGAGACUCAGUCUCUAUACCUGAGCCCUAUGUGCAGCCUUUAGAUGUGCAGUAUGGAGAUAUGACAUUCCACUUUCUCAGUAUACGUGUAGACAGCCCAGUAGUUUUGGUGGUCAAUGGAAGGAAACUUGGCCUGGACAAACAAGCCCCAUCAGUUCUGGGUGUCAGCGCUAAGAGUGAAUGACCCCACAACAGACUGUACUAUCUCAUCUGUUUAAUAUAUAGAAAUGGAGAGGAGAGAGAGGGAGAAUUGCAUAGAAAAAUACAAUCUCAAGAUGCAGCAAGCUGGGUUACAUUCAUGGUAGAAAAUUUAGAAUGGAGUGGUUUCAGUUCUGUGUGGAAGUGUUUUAAUACUUAAAGAGAGUGACACAACACAGUUCAAUAGUUGUUAACAGAAGCAGCACUGGAGUUUGCAAAUGCUGACGGAGGGAGAACAGGGUGGACAGAAGCAGUCUUCUGGGGCAUUUUUCAUGGCAUUUUAUUACAUGUACCAAUUUGGAAGAAGCACUUCUGUGUUUGUAUGUAAAACUAGACCAUCAAGUGACUUAGAAAUCACAGUGACUUAGAAAUGCCUCCCUCCACUCUCCACAUUUCUUAGAGUCUGAGUGCAAAGUUCAAAUCUAAUGGGAAUUCGGUUUUGAAGAACGCUCACCUUCAGCUUUGGGCAUCAACAAGUGUCAUUGGCUACCUAGAUGGUCUCAGUCUGUAAUCAGACACAUUGAACACACACCAACUGGUCCGUGUAAUUCUACUGUCUCAUUUGUCCCAAUGUCUACAAUUGGGGAUAUGAUUUGGGAGAUUAGAUAGUCUUAUUGGUGAGCUAAUCAAGUCCAGAGAAGGAUCGCCAGUAGUUUUUCCCCCCAACUAUCUCCACUGGUGUGUAAAUAAAAAUGUACAUUCUGUACAAAUAAACUUUUAUUCCAUUUUUAAAUGUGUUCAGGUUGUCUUUUUAUUAUAUAGUAAACUGCAUUUGCCUUUCAUUGGUGCAGCACCAGAUAUGUUGGUAACUAUUUAAAAAAAAACUUUCUACUGACAUAAGGAUUGUAGGGUAAACAAGGCAGCAAAGCUGUCAA